CUCAGAAACCCACCACACGAACCAGCACCUGCUCUGAGUCCACUGGAAAAGCACAGUAUACGCACAUUCUUUGCCCUCAAACAUUCAUCUCGCGCAGCCUUUGAAGCGGUCCGCUCCUCCAAAAAUUUGACAUGGGGCGACAGUGCCAAGGACCUUCUUCACUAUGACGGCGUUGAGAAGCUCAUGGCCAAGCUGACUGGUAUCUACUCGAUUAAGCAUGAUAUGUGCUGGGACACCUGUCUCGCGUUCACAGGUCCAUUCAAAAACGACAUGCGCUGCACUCAAUGCAGGAGGCAUCAAUAUGAUCAGCGAAUACUUAGGAAAACGGGUCAGCGUGUCUCUCGACAAUUCCAUACAAUUCUGCUAGGUCCUCUGCUCCAGGUGCUC